CAAACUUCACACACACACACACACACACACAUCUUGCGUUCGUGACCACUUCAUUCACUCGACUCGCACCAGCGUCCCCGCUUGCUGGAGUUGCACACAUAAGUCCUUCAGUGAGAUUGCCAUCCAUACUGGUUCUGGCUCUGCCACCGGCGGGCCACCAGCACGAGAGACAGCAGAUUAGCACAGAUCGCUAACACUUUCACACCACCACUAUCGGCGGGUGCGUCACUGCACAAGAUGACUCUCUAUUCGAGGUCGCCGUCCGAAAGUGAGAUCAGCAGCGUGGACGGGGAGAAGGUCACAACGAACGCAUCGUCAUACCGCUCAAACACCAAUGUUAACAAAUCGGCCAGACAUUCGUCUUCAUCUCGGCCUGCGCACUACGCCGGCCGUCGAGCCUUGAUGACUGAUUCGAAUGCACACUACAACAACGGGUAUGGUCGAGGUCGCGAGCGGUCGAGGUCGAGGUCGCCGUUCAGAAGAGACCGCUCGGGCUCCAGAUCGCCCUAUCGCGCGGACAGAGAUGAUGGACGUGAGAAGCGACGUCGACUGGACGAUCACUACGGUACAGGCAACAGUGACUCUCGCCGACACAAGCUGUACGAUGAUCACCACCACCCUCAGCAGCAGCGCGGUACUUAUCGCGACUUUGGGCGCACCGAUUUCGUGAGAGCCAAUGCCGCUCCCAGGCGCGACCGCAGUCGCUCUCCAUAUCGUGCCUCUGCGAAGGCUUCCUCGGUCCAGGCAAACGCAGGAUCAGAAGCUGGCAGACGCGCAAGCACCGCGUCGUCCACUUCAUACCGCGAGUCCGCCCCCACUCCUCGUCAUGCGCAGACUGAUACUAAAACACACGCUACCCGCGCAGAAGAAGCGGCGGAUGGAACCUCUGCUGAAGAUGCUGCGUCGCCGGUCAAGCAGUUGUCAGAAGCAGAGCUGAUCGAAGAGCGUCGCAAGAAGCGCGAAGCCAUCAGAAAGAAGCAUGCAGCCGCAGCCGCCAACGACUCUUUGCUACGGUCGACGCUCGAAUCGAACCUGCCAUCGACUGCCACCACCACACCACAUCAUGAGAGCAGCGCACAGGGCUCAGCACCGCAGUCGCCGCCAUCCUCCAUCAACUCGCCCCGCACGCCCAUGGACGUCUCAUUUCCCGACUCUCCUGCUUCGCCAGCGUCGCCCAAUGUCAUCACCGACGCCGACCUCGCGAACCCUCUACAAUUGCAACCGAGUGAUGAGUUUGGCCAGUCAGCCGCCGAUUACGAUCCCAGUCGAGACGUGAACGAAGACCGACCGGAUCACAAGCAGCAAGAGCAGAAAGGUACUGAGACAAAGGCACAGCAGCAAACGGCGACUGCCCCGGCUGUGAAGAAGAGAUCAUCAGAUGACUUCGACAUGUUCGCCGAUGACGAUGAUGAUGACGAUAUGUUUGCGGUCAAGGAUGCCUCAGCACACGGUGUACCAAAGGAAGCAAAGGCGCUCGACGAGAGCUUGUUGGACAACUGGGACUACCCAGACGGACACUAUCGUAUCAUCAAUGGAGAGUUGCUCGAUGGACGCUAUGCGGUGGAGCAACAGAUUGGCAAAGGUACGUUUGCAACUGUGGUGAGGGCCAAGGAUGCGCAGACAGGCAAGCAGGUGGCCAUCAAGAUUGCGUGUCGCAACGAUACCAUGUUCAAGGCUGGUCAGAAGGAGAUGCAGUUUCUACACCGACUCAACGAGGCCGAUCCGGAGGACAAGAAGUGCAUCAUUCGGUUAUUGGCAGAUUUCAUGCACAAAGGACAUCUGUGCCUCGUAUUCGAGGGACUAGACAUGGAUUUGCGCGAGACGUUGAAGAAAUUCGGCAGGGACAUUGGCAUCAGACCCGAAGCGAUUCAGGUCUAUGCGCGACAGAUGUUUCUCGGUCUGCUGCAUAUGAAGAACUUGGAGGUGCUGCAUGCCGAUCUGAAGCCGGAUAACAUUCUCGUGAGCGCCGACAAGAACCUGAUCAAGAUUUGCGAUUUCGGAACUGCUACGCUGCAGCAAGAUGCCGAACUCACGCCCUAUCUCGUGUCACGAUUCUAUCGUGCUCCCGAGGUCAUCAUGGGCAUGGAAUUUGAUUAUGCCAUCGACAUGUGGGCUAUCGGAUGCACGCUCUACGAGCUGUACACGGGCCGCAUACUGUUCAAUGGCGCCAACAACAACAGCAUGCUCCGCGUCAUUCAGGAGUGUCGCGGCAAGCUGCCCAAUCGCUUGGUCAAGAAAUCACAGUUGGCUGGUAAUUACUUCGAUGAGCAGCUCGUCUUCCACGGGCUCGAGCGGGAUAAGAUUACGGGCAACGUUGUGGCGAAGCCGAUGCAUUUCUCCCAAGGCGUCAACGGAAAAGACCUCAAGUCCAGACUCAGUGCUAAUAUCAAGAGGAUGGACGCGGCUCAACUCAAGUUGCACAGCGCCUUUGUCGACCUACUGGACAAGUGUCUGCAGCUGGACCCCGAGAAGCGCAUCAAGCCCAAGGAUGCGAUUCGACACCCGUUCAUCAGCGGCAUGCGAGAGACUGUGCCAUCAAAGGCCAAAUCCUCGUCUGCUACCCUGCCAAGAGGAUUCCGCCCAGUAGCAGUGCAGCGAGCUAUUUGAAGGAAGAGAUCCGAAAACAUAAUUCAGUGAAGACUUCAUACACUUUCGAUGGUCGUCCAAUAACUGGCGGGCUAGGGACUCGGUAGCAUGUCACUCAGACUGGUACGAGUCCAUGUCUGUGCGAUAUAUACCAGUCACCGCGAGACCAGUCGAAAUGUACGCCACUACUCUCAGAUUACACGGCCAGGUUUAUCGCGGAGUUUGCUCGAUACGAUAGUGCAUUUACCCACACCCGGCAUGCACGACUUUUUCUUUGCACAACUUCGCUCCAGCACGAACUUCAGAUACGGCCAGGUUCAUGGCGGAGUUUGCUCAAUACGAUAGUGCAUUUACCCACACCCGGCAUGCACGACUCUUUCUUUGCACAACUCCCUCCAGCAUGAACUUCAGAUACGGCCAGUUUCAUGGCGGAGUUUGCUCAAUACGAUAGUGCAUUUACCCACACCCGGCAUGCACGACGUGUUCUUUGCACAACUUCCCUCCAGCACGAACUUCAGAUAUGGCACCCGUGGGCGAACAGGACGAAGAGAUCGUCUCGGAGAGAACAGGCAUGGAAUGUAAGUAGCUCGGAGAACAGGCAUUGUAUGUAAUUAGGCAGGACAGAAGGGCAGGGCCCAGUUCUACGGGGAGCGGGCACUGCGCGAUGAGAAGGAGAGAUAGAGGGAGGGAGGGAGGGAUAGUGCGAGCACGUCACAUGGAUCGAGCUCUCUAUCCAAACCGUGGUGGGCCCUGACAUGGUUACAUAACGGAACAAUGAUUGCACACUAG